AUGAUUUUAUACAUAUUGCUGGUAUUAACAUCAGUAUACAGAACUGAGCAGCAUUUGACAUAUCCAAUAAAUUACUGCCACCUAGCAGUGGCGUGUAUCCACGACAAUCAGGCUGUUUGCGCUGCAACUGAGGAUGGUUGCAGUCGGAAAACCUUCCUGGAUCAGUGUGACAUGUAUGAAUACAACUGUGACUUUGGGGCACAAUAUCGAGAAACUUACAGACUAUAUUGCUUGGGUUCAGCAUUAGACAUAACCAGCCCACCUUCAGUAACUCAGACCCAUUCAACAACGAAAUUGACCAGUACAAUCAGUUCCACACCUACUACAGUUCUGACAUCAACAAAGAAAAAUAAGAAAACUACUACAAAGAAACAAACGACUACGAAACCUCCAGUUACUACGGGAAGUUCAGCGUUACCAUCAACAAAUGUAACCCCACCGCCUCAUACCACGCAUAAACCUUUGCCUCCAGAAACAUCAACUGCUACCACCCAAUCAACUACUAAAACAACUAAGCCUUCUUCUACUACUUCAUCAAUUAAAACUACAACUACUACUAUUCCUACAACAAUUAGUACUAUUCCCACUACGAUUACUACCAUUUUGACAACAAUAACUACUUCAACAACAACUUCUACUACUCCUAAAACUAGUACUAAAGCAACAACUAAAAGUACUACCAAAACUACUCCAAAAAUUAUUACUACUACAACAAAAACUCCGAAAACGACUACUCCUACCAAAACUACUACUACUUCUAUAAAGACUACAAACACUUCCCCUUCUACUAAAACUAUUCCUACUACUGUAAAAACUUCUACUACGCCAAAAACAACACAAUCUCUUCCACCUACACCAGAAUAUGAAGAUUUACCAUCAGCUGAACAAUCAGUGGAAGAUCAAACAGUUGAAUCUACCUCACAACGUGUUCAAACGUCAGAACACGAACAUAAUUCAGGAAGCGUGUGUUGUAAUAGACCAAAAACUUGGGAAACUACAGAAGAAUCAACAAGAACAUUUAUUCCUACAAUAAUCACAUCAUCAACAAAAGGUCAGAAAACUUCAACUUCAUCAAAAAAACCUAAAACAACUACCAAGUCACCAACAACAGCUGAAGUAACAACACAAUCUAAAACAACUACUACACCUAAAACCACCAAAACAACAGAAACAACGACAACUACUACAAAAAUAGACUCAACUACGACAUCUCGAAAAGUCAGCACAACGCCUAAACCUAAGACCACAACAGAAAAGGAAAUCGUUACGAAACCCAGUAAAAAACCGACAACUAAAACAACAGUUGAAGAGUUUACAACAACUACUACUGAAAAAUCCGAAACUUAUACUCAACCAGAAUUCACUUGGUGGUAUCCUACAACGUGUGAAAAUAAGAAUUGCGAAAGACCACAUACAUGGAUUACAACGACCAGGCGUAUAAAGCGUAGAAGAUUUUAUGGGCAUCAUGAGUAG